AUGUAUUUGUUUUUUCGCUCCAGUCUGAACGCUCAGCCCACGGAGCUCAAGUUGAACUGUGGAGAGCCGGACUUCACGGCGGCCAUCAUUAGCAUCCCCACUCCUCCGGCUAACUCCCCCGACGACAGCCUGCCCCCUUCUCCCGCUCCCAUUAUCGGGAUUCUCCGAAACACACGAGCCACCGCAUGCAUCAACGACACCUUCAAGAUCUCCUCUUUAUAA